UCGAUCACCUCCCGACGCUUGACUCUCAGCGCUCUCUCACACAGGCUAAGCAGCGGUUUGCAAUGCACAGGAGGCGGACACGGUGGACGCUCCCUGGUUCUCGCUACUUCUCAUAGGCUGAAGGGGGUAAUAUCUGUGUGAAGUUAAUGCAGUUUUUCAAACUGUGAAAUCCCACCGUACAAGCUUGGGAUCUGCGGGCGCAAUAGUGGAUGUUAUUGCGCUCUUUUUCUAAAAGUUGCUCUGCAGGACAGAUUACCAUUUCCCUUGCUGUAUGGAUUAUUAUGGGAUACUAAUCAUGACUCAGUUUUUUGAAGAUUUAUCACAAUGCUUCAUCUAGGACAAGCAUGGCGAAAUCCAUCGAUAGCUGAUCAGCAUCCCUUGAUUUCGCUUACUACACAGGAAAGCUUUGUCUAAAGAUGGAAACACUGGAGUCGGAACUGACCUGCCCUAUCUGUCUGGAGCUGUUUGAAGAUCCACUGCUGCUGCCUUGCGCUCACAGCCUGUGUUUUAACUGUGCGCAUCGCAUCCUUGUUUCCCACUGUGCCAACAACGAAUCCAUAGAAUCUAUUAACGCCUUCCAGUGCCCCACAUGCCGUUAUGUCAUCACACUCAGCAAGCGUGGCUUAGAGGGGCUAAAGAGGAACGUGACUUUGCAGAACAUCAUUGACAGAUUUCAGAAAGCCUCAGUGAGCGGACCCAAUUCUCCUAGUGAAACGCGCCGAGAACGUGCUUACGAUACCACUAACAGCAUGACAUCAUGCGAGAAAGUAGUCUGCCAGUUCUGUGAUCAGGACCAGGCAAGGGAGGCUGUGAAAACGUGUGUAACCUGUGAAGUUUCAUAUUGUGAGGACUGUUUAAAAGCUACUCACCCAAACAAGAAACCAUUCACUGGUCACCGUCUAAUUGAACCCAUCCCAGAUUCUCACAUAAGAGGGUUAAUGUGCCUGGAACAUGAGGACGAAAAAGUUAAUAUGUACUGUGUGACAGAUGAUCAGUUAAUCUGUGCCUUGUGUAAAUUGGUUGGGAGGCAUCGAGAUCAUCAAGUCGCUGCGCUUGGUGACAGAUACGACAAGCUAAAGCAAAGCCUGGAGAGCAACCUAAGCAACCUCAUCAAAAGGAACACGGAAAUGGAAAUGCUGUUGUCUAAGCUUAUUCAGACUUGCCAGCAAGUGGAGGUUAAUGCAUCACGACAAGAAGCCAAAUUAAUGGAGGAGAGUGACCAAUUGAUUGAAAUUAUUCAACAGAGAAGACAACUAAUUGGAACAAAAAUAAAAGAAGGAAAGGUCGUUAGGUUACGAAAACUGGCACAGCAGGUUGCCAACUGUAAACAGUGCAUUGAGCGCUCCACAUCCCUAAUCUCACAGGCAGAACAAUCGCUAAAAGAAAAUGAUCAUGCUCGCUUCCUUCAAUCAGCCAAGAAUAUCACAGAAAGAGUUUCAAUGGCAACAGCAUCCUCUCAAGUGCUUAUUCCAGAAAUCAACCUGAAUGACACAUUUGACACAUUUGCAUUGGAUUUUUCAAGAGAGAAGAAGAUGUUAGAAUGUCUUGAUUAUCUGACAGCACCAAAUCCCCCUGUAAUUAGAGAGGAACUAUGCACUGCUUCCUACGACACCAUUACUGUGCAUUGGACAUCUGAUGAUGAGUUUAGUGUGGUUUCCUAUGAGCUACAGUACACCAUCUUCACUGGACAAGCUAAUGUUGUUAGUUUGUGUAACUCAGCCGACAGCUGGAUGAUUGUUCCCAAUAUCAAACAGAACCAUUAUACAGUUCAUGGCCUGCAAAGUGGCACCAAGUACAUAUUCAUUGUUAAGGCCAUAAACCAAGCUGGAAGUCGCAAUAGUGAACCUGGCAAGCUAAAAACCAACAGUCAGCCUUUUAAAUUAGAUCCCAAGUCUGCUCACAGGAAACUUAAGGUAUCACACGACAACCUGACCGUAGAGAGGGACGAAACAUCUUCAAAAAAGAGCCACACACCAGAGCGUUUUACAAGCCAAGGAAGUUAUGGUGUUGCUGGCAACGUGUUCCUUGAUAGUGGCCGGCAUUAUUGGGAAGUGGUUAUAAGCGGAAGCACCUGGUAUGCUAUUGGCAUUGCCUACAAAUCAGCACCCAAGCAUGAGUGGAUAGGAAAGAACACAGCCUCUUGGGUGUUUUGCCGUUGUAACAACAACUGGGCUGUAAGACACAACAGUAAAGAGAUUCCUAUAGAGCCAUCUCCACAUCUUCGCCGUGUAGGGAUCUUGCUGGACUACGACAAUGGUUCAUUGUCUUUUUAUGAUGCUUUGAACUCCAUUCACCUCUACACUUUUGACAUUGCUUUUGCACAGCCCGUGUGCCCAACUCUCACCGUGUGGAAUAAGUGCUUGACAAUUUUAACAGGCCUCCCCAUUCCUGAUCACUUGGACUGCCUAGAGCAGCUAGCAUAACACCACUGGGAAUCCACUGUAAUGCAAAUGUCAGACUAAGUCUACAGAAUGACUGGAUCUCAGAUUUUUUUUUAGAAUUGUUCAUCCCUUAAGGUGUAAGCCAAUACCCAAGCAAGUGCUUGCACAAGGCAUAUUUCACAUUCACAGGUUUCCCCAGUAAAAAAAAAAAACUAUUUUGGUUUAUAAAUUAUUUAUGAAAUGAUUUAAUUAGUAUUGUUUUCUGUUUUGCACAUUGAAUGAUUUGUUUGUGGGUUCUAAAUAGCUUGUAAUUGGGGAAUUUUGAAAGCUGAGUUCCUGGCCUACAUAGGGUUUCAUAUAGCAAAUCAUUGCAUUGGUCACAUUUACAUUUAUAUUGUGUACAGUAUAUGCCAACUAUUUGUUCUCAUAAACAAUAUCCAGAAUGUUAAUCCAAUAUCACUCCACAAAAGGGUUUUAUUUUAGUUGCUGAGUGAGAAAAAAACAAUAGAGUUACCUAAAUCAUCAAAAACUAGACAUUAGUUCAAUAUUCCAUCUGAAACAGGUUCUGCUUAAGUUGCAUUGCUGACAUUUUGGUGCUUCAUUAUGAGAAUUGUUGGAUAGCACUGUUAUGCUGGCACAGUCCUGUUCAAAACUUGUGUUCAUCUGUUUAAUCUGAGAUUAUAAUUACUGGGGUUGAGAGAAUACACAUAUAUGAAGGUUUUUUGUUUAAAAUCUGUUUCUGUUGUAUGCAUAUCAGCAUUUUUUUUACAUGGCCAUGUGCAAAUAUAGAUGUUGACAAUAACUUAACAGCAGCAGGAGCAUGAUUUUUUGAGAGUUUUUUUGCCAUGCAUAAUAACCAUGUAUUUUGUUUUCUUAUGGUUAGAGCAGUCUGUCAGACAAACUUGUGACCGUUUACUCACUUUGCUCUAUAGCCUAUACUGUAGUAACUACAUUACAAUUCACAAACAACACCACGUAGAUUAUUACAUGAUGUUCCUUUGACUCACCUACU